CUGUGAACUCUGCGCAGCCCCUCCCCUUCUCUGGUUAUUGGGGAAAUCCCCGAAAAGCACGCUUUUCACUGAAACUAAAUAUUUUGCUUUACGGCUGCUACGGAUUGCAUUGACAGAGAACCGAGGUGCUGCAAGAAAAUAUUCAUAAACGGGAGGCGAGAUCCCAUCGCCUUCCUCCCUCCCUCCUUGUGUCCCUGUGUCCAAUCCUCUCCUCCUCCCAAACGGUCCUGUGAGCUGUCGAGAAAGUGAACGGAUACAGGAUGGAAGAGCUCAGCCAAUGUUCCUUCCAGCAGCUUUGGGAGAGCAAUAUGACACCUCAGGGGCCUAGUAUUCCACUGGGUGCUACUGAAAACUGGCCUGACCUGGAUGUCUCGAUAAAUGGCAUCCACUUACCUCCCUCACAGCUCCUUCCCGACGCGACUCUCCACAAGGUCUUUGACGAGGGGCUGUUUGAACUGCUGGAGCCCCCGGUUGUGGAGCCCUCUGUGUCAACCCUGGACAGCGUGCCUCCCACUGCCUCCACCGUCCCCUCCACCAACGACUACCCUGGGAAGCACGGCUUCCAGCUGCGAUUCCAGAAGUCCGGUACCGCCAAGUCUGUCACCUCCACUUAUUCUGUGCAGCUGAACAAGCUGUACUGCCAGCUGGCUAAGACGUGCCCUGUGGAGGUGUUGAUGGCCAUGGAUCCCCCGCCAGGAGCCAUCCUCAGGGCCACCGCUAUCUACAAGAAGUCUGAGCAUGUCUCUGAGGUGGUCCGGCGCUGUCCCCACCACCAGAGCGCCUCAGAUAACAAUGAAGGUGUAGUCCACCGCAGUCACCUGAUUAGAGUGGAGGGGAGCCAGUGGGCUCAAUACCUGGAGGAUGGAAACACCAAGCGUCAAAGUGUGCUGCUGCCGUAUGAGCCGCCUCAGCUGGGCUCUGAAACGACUACUGUUCUCCUGAACUUCAUGUGCAACUCCAGUUGCAUGGGUGGUAUGAACAGGCGUCCCAUCCUCACCAUCCUGACCCUGGAGACCCAGGAGGGUCAGGUUUUGGGUCGCCGUUGUUUCGAGGUCCGUGUGUGUGCCUGUCCCGGCCGGGACCGCAAGACCGAAGAAGAGAACACAAACAAAGUUCUGAACGGGACCAAGACCACCAACGGUGCCAAGAGAAAGUCCCAACAGACCCUGCCCCCUCCAGGGACCAGCAAGAAGAUCAAGAACGGCUCCAGCACUGAGGAUGAAGACAAGGACAAUGUAUUUUUGUUGCAGGUCCGUGGCCGAGAGCACUAUGAGUGGCUCAAGAAGAUCAACGACAGUCUGGAGCUGAUGGACCACAUUCCUCCCGCUGAGCAGGAGAAAUACAAGAAGAAAGGUUCCGCAAAGAUCUUCAAGCAAGAAGCAAUGGCCCCGAAGAGCGGAAAGCGGCUGCUUACAAAGGAAGACAGGAGCGACUCGGACUAAGGCCAGGACACGUCGGUCCUUAUUCUCCUGUCUAUUCCAGACCAACAUUAAGUUGUGACUCCCAAGUUAAAUGCCCAAUACCAAACCCUAGUCCCUACAUGUAGGCACUUCUGAAAGGAUAGAUAUUAGCAAGAUGGUAAUAGCUCCACCUAGAUAGCCAUACUCUGGCGCUGGACCCAGAAUGGAGUCAAUAGGGACGGACCAACAGUUUAAUAAAUGUUAUCAUAUGAACACGCAAGACAUGGCGAAACGUGUGGAAUUGCAGAUCAUUGUCUUCAAAACUGCAACAUUUUCUCUCUGCCCCAUGGCAAAAUGUGUAGAAUUGUAGGAAAUUAGCUUCAAAACAGUUCAAACUGUGUAAUAUUUUUUUAAUAUACCUGUAAAUGACUGUCCAUCCGGAACUUUGACAGCUGGGAAAUUUUGUGACUGGACCUUCUGAAAUAGUACUCAAGUACCAUGUUGGGAUUUUCACCAUAUUUCUGAUACCAGUCCAACAUUUUCAGUACAACACAAACUGCGUAAGUUUAGGGCCUAGGGUUUGGUUUAGAAUUAGGUAAGUAAGCUAAGACCCCUCCUCCCACUGUCUUAACCACCUGGUGGGACUUCGUCCUCCUCCUCACCUGCCCCCACAAACAGCACUUUAGCUUGUGCUUUUAUGAUUUGGACCAAUUAAAUCUAGUAUUCGUAUCUUGACCUGCCUAGCCACGAUGCUUUGUUACCAGUUAAUUGGCCAGUUGCCUGUUAGUAUUUUUAUACCUGUUGAACAUAACUGCUGUUAUCCCUCUCCCUGAAACCUUGACUUUCUUUUCCUCCUUUUUUUACUUGUAGCUCGUUAUCAGAAUGUUUUUUCAUUGUUAAAAAAAAACAUUUUAGUUGUCUCUUGUAAAGAGUUCUGAUACUAUGAUUAUGAUACACUUAGCACAUGUAUAUUUGUUUAAUUUAUCGUUCUCUGAUGGAAACUAUUUUUGAUGUAAUUCGGUGCUGAGACAUGAGGCUCUAUUUUGUUUAGGGGAAAAGGAAACAUUUCAGGGAACUUUUAAAAUCAAAUUAAAGCAAUUUCUUAAGUAAUA